AAAAAUAUUGGAUAUUGAAUACGCGGGUCUUUCAGACUACUGACUGUAAUAGUUUGCAAUGUCGUUCGUCCCCAACUUCCCACCUUCCCUCCUGCAACGCAUCAAAAGCGAUGACACCGGGGACGAAAAGAAAAGAAGCAAGGAUGAUUAUAGGAAGAUGAAAGAACUCGAAGAGGCCCGGAAGUUAGCUGUGAUGCCGGCAAUGAAAGAUGAAGAAGGUCGGGACAUUAAUCCUCAUAUUCCACAGUAUAUUAUGCAAGCGCCGUGGUAUUAUGGUGCCUUACACCCAACUUUGCGGCACCAGCGGAUACAAGAUGAAAAGAAGCGUGAGGAUACUUCUGGAAAAAUGAAAGGCUCUAGCGCCCUUAAUGUCUGGUACAAAAGAGGAAUACCCCAAAUCAAACAAAAGGUUACUUUCUACCGAGAUGGAGCGUGUGAAAAUUGUGGGUCUAUGUCGCACAAACGUAAAGAUUGUCUCGAGCGUCCUCGUAAAGUUGGUGCUAAGUAUACUGGUCUUGAUAUUGCUGGAGAUGAGUGUCAGCAAGUAACUCUGGAUUUGGACUAUGAGGGUAAACGUGAUCGGUGGAAUGGAUAUGACCCAUCGGAACAUAAAAGGAUAUUCGAAGAGUAUCAGAGACUCGAAGAGGCAAGAAAAAUAGCCAAAGCAAAAAAAUUAGAAGAAAAAUUAGCUAAGGCAGCAGAAGGAAGUGGUGGGCAAGAAGAACCUGCAGCCUCUGCCGCCAAACCCAGCUUGGAUGACGAUGGCGAUUUCGAUGCCGAAGAUGGUGACAAAUAUGGUGAUGAGUUGGAUAUGCCUGGGCAAAAGUUUGAUAGUAAGCAACGUCAAUCCAUCCGUAACUUGCGUAUUCGUGAGGACACUGCUAAAUAUCUAUUCAAUUUGGAUCCUAACAGUGCCUACUAUGACUCUAAAACCCGUGCUAUGCGCGGUAAUCCUUUCGAAAACAGUGGAAAACCUGAAUCCGAAGUUCCUUUUGCUGGGGAUAAUUUUGUGCGUUAUGACGGAGAUGUUCAGGACAUGAUUGAUCGACAAGUAUUUGCUUGGGAAAUGCACGAUAAACUGGGCUUAGAUGUUCAUUUACAAGCAGAUCCAACUCGUCUGGAAUUGUUAGCUAAAAAGGUGUCUAAAGCCAAAUGUGAUGUCCAAAACAAAGUACGUGCAGAAAUCCUUGAACGUUAUGGUGGCCAUGAACAUCUGGAAUCGAUCCCGAAAGAAUUAAUACUUGGUCAAUGGGAAUCAUAUGCCGAGUAUUCUCCUACAGGUCGUAUGAUCAGAGGAGCUGAAAAACCAACAGUCAAGUCCCGUUAUGAAGAAGAUGUCUUUGUCAACAAUCAUACAAGUGUGUGGGGUUCAUAUUGGUUCAAUGGUCAAUGGGGCUAUCGGUGUUGCCACUCGCUCAUCAAAGAAUCUUAUUGCUUAGGAGAAAAAAGUAAGGAAACGAGUUUCCCGGAAGUUCCAGAUGGACCAACAGCUGUAGCUUUGCUAAAACCACCACCCAUGCCUACAGAUGCUGAUACCAACUUUGUCGAUGAAGCUGACUCGGAGAAUCAUACAAAUAGAGAUAUUUCGAAGCACAAAAAACGAAAACGGACCAAAAGCAAAUCAGCUUCAAGUCGUUCUAGUUCAAGCUCAUCCUCGAGUUGCAGUAGUGAUUCUUCAGAGGAAGGAAUAGUAGAUUGUGUAAACGAGAGUGAUAACCAUCGGGAAACAGUUAUGGAACAGCCAUAUUCUAGGGUUGUAUCAGCUGACGAUGUAGACGAACAUCAUGUAGAUACAAAAACCAUAGAGAAUAAAAGCAAAGAGUUAGCACGAUCAGAGACGCGUCGUGAGCGUAUUCGUGUUCAGCGCGCUGAUAAGAAGAAGAAACGAAAAGAUCAUCUCAAAAAGUCCUCCAAAAGCAAGCACAAACGUAAGCGGAAUCAUAUUUCCAGUUCGUCUGCAGAAUCUGAGGAGGAUGUGGAAGAAACACAAGAACGGUUAAUUCAAGAAGCAAUAAAAAAGGAAAGAGAACGUUUGAAAGCAGUAGAUGAAUAUCUUGCAAUGGAUGAGCGUAAACGACCAUAUAAUUCACUUGCCGAAGUUAAAGCUCCUACUGCAGAGGAGAUGGAAGCCUAUUAUCGUACUAAAGUUAAUCGCGAUGACCCGAUGUCACAUUUUGUAUGACCAACAAUGGGAUGUAUGUUGUACAGAUUAUUUUUAUUUAUAAUAUAAGUUUAUUUUAUUUUAGUUUUUGCACACGUUACAGGAAUUUCCCUCGAAUUAUUCUUCACCAGCAGAAACCCUGCCGUCUUGUUGAUAAGAGUGGAUCAACCAAUAAUAUUUGAGUCAAACCCCCACCAUUUAAAACUAAUUUAGUUCCAGACUGCCUAUUAGUUUGACCCGUUUUUUAACUACAAAUCAUAAAAUUGCACCAGUUAUACAAACAUGACUAACCCCUUGUUAUUGAUUUGGCUGUCUGCUACUCUUAGUGGUGUUGUAAUCGGCAACUAUUUUCUGUGUUUUUACUAAUCAUAUCAAUUUACAUUUUCGAAACAUGAUUGUUGGCCAU